UUCCUUGCGUUUAAAAGGAGGUGAAGGAUCAGAGUCAAGCAGGCAGGCCGGACUCACAGCUCUAACUGAAUUCACAAACCACAACAGUGUCAGCUCGCCAUUAAUGCUCACACAUCCACGGUCUAUCUCGGCCGUCACCGCGAGAGGCAAGGAGACACAAGACGGGAAUAUGGGCCUGUCGCCGCAAAUGUUUAAAAAAUGUGAAGAUUCUACCGAGAACUGUGCUACGAAGGAGACUCUGAUGGGCGGAAAGAGGGAGGACGUGGAGGCAAGUGACACAAAGGAGACGCUGGACGGUGGCCUCGGUAACAUCAAGUACCUUCGGCCAGUAUUAAGCAGCUUACGGGGCAGCGGGAUCAUUACUUGGCUUGAGCAAGAUAUUUUCAAACCCACUCACUCCUCACGCUGCCAUCUGCUGUUGUUGGCAGGAGCGAUUCGGUUUUUCCAUGUUCUCGUCGUCCUCAUGUCCACCGUGUAUGUAUUCUUGCAAAACGCUCCUCAUGAUGUUGGAGAGAUGACGAUGGUCGCCUCCCAAGUGGGUACCAACAUUGUAUCUGUUUCCAUGCUCCUGGUGCUCCUUUUUAGAAAUUCAGUGCUGGCUCGCCUAUGCUACAGGUUGACAACCCUCGACUCCUUCUUCCAUGCCUGGCAGCGCGAAAAACCAGUACCAGAAGCCAUCAAGAUCCGCCGCCCUGCUUUGCUAUCCAAGGAUCCCACAGUAGUUCUAAUGCUGCUUCUUUUCUUGCUCGGGAUUAGUGUCCAUUUUUCAGCAUUGUUAAAAUUGCCGUUUCCCAAGCUAAUGAUUGCGCUCCCUAUAUUCUGCGUUAUGGCCAUGGCCACAGGGACCAUAUUUCUUGUGUUGUUGCUGUACAGAGUCGUCAUUAAGCUGCUGGCCUUCGAGAUGCGGCGCUUCAUGACGGCCGCACUGACGGAGGGGACGGCCUUGUCCCUCGCCAGCAACAGAAACAGCGGCAUCUAUAACUGUCUCGGGGUUGCAAGAGGCAGCUCAUUGUCUCUUUCGACAGAUGAAUCACCGGACAUCACACACGCUGGCGCGCAAAAUGAGGAGCAAGGUCAGCCCUUACCAGCGGAGGUGGACAUCCUGGGCGAGGCUUUCCUUCACGUGGGGCAGAUCAAGGACGACUUGUUGGCUUACCUGGGCGUGCCGCUGUGCCUUACCAUGGUCACCUUUUCCACCUUCGUCAUCUGCUUCAUCUACGAGAGCCUCACAAGAGAGUUUUCGCUGGGCUCCCUGUGCUUCACAGCCUUGGGGGUCGUCUCGCCCAUGCUGACGGUCUUUGCAAUUUGUCGCUCCCCCGAGACGCUCAGGGCUCAGACCGAGCAAAGUGAUUUGAUUCUUCGCACUGCCCAGCUCCGAGUGCCCUGCUUACCGCUGCAGAUGCAGGUGGAUGAAUUAUGUAUCAACCCUUGCCCGUGGCACCUCGGCGCGCGGCUCCACACCUUGGUCAUAAUUUUUCGUUAA